AUGAACGCAGCCAAUGCAGCCCUGACCAAGACGGAGGGGGCAGGGCUCCAAAUAAAGGCCACAUCUGAGAGCUCUGAUUCCUCUCAGGGAAACGCAGAAGGGAAAGAGGUCAAAGCUCGGGUGAUUAGACAGACCCGCUUUGAUGCGCCAUUAGGUGGGCUUAACGGUGACGGGAUGAUGGGUGCGGGUGGAGUGCAGGCGACUGGCAACAGGUGA